AUGGCAAAACUUCCCUUGUCUGUGACCCUUGCCGACAUCAUCCACAGAACCACGGUGUAUGGUAUCAUCGGCUUCUGCUUGGUGGGUACCGGCAGUAUUGCCUUCAACAUCUACAUGAACUCCGACUUUGCCAAGAUGAACAGAGACAAGUUGAAGUUUGACAAGGCCGAGUAUGACCAGGCCCGUGCCGAAGAGAAGGAGUAG